AGGAGAGCUCUGGGGUGGAGACGUUUUUGGUCUCAGAAAAAAGUGCGUCACCGAAAAAUGAACAGCUUACAGAUGGAGUCCGUAGAGCAUUAGGCCUCUUGAGGGAUGUCCGGAGCAAACUGAUGAAUCACACACGCGGUCGACAACGACGGGCGGAAGCUGCUGAUAGACCCACCGCUUCUCCUCCUGUGGAUGCUGCUGAGAAUUAUGCAAACUUUCCUGCGUCCGUUAACGCUCGUUCGAGUUCACGCCGAUGCCGCCGCGUAGGAUCUCAUGCACCACAUGAUGAAAACAUGACUUUGGCAGAGAUGUACAUGCAGCGUGAUGAGGGGAAGGGACACGAGGCAGUCGUUGGUAUUGCAGCCCGGAGGCGUAUUGAAAAGGCCCCUCUUCGGCCGAAUGCUGAGCGUGCGUUGUGGCGCAUGUCUAUUUCUCCCACAAGCCCUUUUGUGGAGAUGAAGUCACGUAGCCGUUCUAACCGUGGCUGA